AUGGCGCAAACAUCGGAGCAUGAGCUAAGCGCACAGCCGCACCUCGAAGAAAGCGAACCGAUGCUUGACGGAGAAAGCCUUGAUGUCCAGGCGGGCAACGGGCUGGACUCGAACAAGGACAGUUCACCGCAGGUUGAAGACGAAGAUGGAGAUAAGGGAGCAAAGCUGGAGCCGCUCAGCGAAACCGAAGACGCAGAAGCGAGGCUAAAGCUCCUCGCGACCGGCGUCCGUGAUCAAGACGAUCUCGAGCGCGACAUCGGCCGGCAAGCGGACCAGCUGCUGACCGAGCAAGCGGAUGAGCGAGACAAAAAGCGCCUGGAGAAGACUCAGUCGGAAAAGCAGCGAUGGGUGAACCAGCUCGCGAAGCUGAAGCAGCGCCUCGACGGACCGGGUGGGUCGAUCAUCAAGAACAAGAUACGGUCAGACAUUGCAGAAACGGAGGAGCGGAUACGCAACCUGGACACAGAAGUCGAGCAAAUCCAAAAGCGCAUCAGCGACCGGCACGAUGCGGGUGGCGAAGGGGAAGCACCCCAUGGGGCCACUGGUGGCCCUCUACCGGGCGAGAGCAGGAGGGAUUUCUUGAUCAGGACCGGCAAGAUUACGCCAUUCUCGAAAAUGGCAUCUCUGCCUCGCGCGUCUUCGAACCUUGCAGAUGUCAUGCUUGAUGCCGAAGUCGAAGAAGAGGAGGUACAGGACGAUACUCAGCAAGAGGCAGCUGCGCAGCCGAUGUCACAUCGCAAUCUUCUGCGACCGGGAUUUGCAGAAGACGAGACUAGCGAUACCAGCUCUGUUGUGGACUUCCCGAUCGAACGAGCAUCGAAACGGAGACGGCUUGAGAACAGACGGGAAGCUAGAACCAAAAUUGAAGUCGAUACGACGAGCUCUGUGGGAGGCGUAACGGAUGAUGCGAUCGACACGGAUGCACAUGAUCCUGACGCAACGUUUACUGACGAUGCGGAAGCGGAGGAAGACGAUUUCGAUGACGACUUCUCCAUGGAUACUGCGCCCCAAAAGAAGCGCAAACUUCCGCCAAACAAGGUGAAGAAAACGCCCGCGGCUGCGGAAAAGGAAGAUCUGACAGGCAUCGAUGACGGGGAUGAGCGUGUAUAUCAGGCACGGCUGCAGAGCUGGGUGCAGCGACGGAGAGAAGCUCGGCGAAAAGCGCAAGCUAAAAAGCGCGCUUCUGAGGCCGACGCGGAUUCUCAGAUGUCCGGUGCUGAUAUAGCUACUCCGGCAGGGAAUGUGGCAGAAACGGAAGAAGAAGAGGAGUGGUACAAGCCGCACCCAACGCGACCAGACACCGAAUUUGGGGAUGGUUUCCGUAUGCCUGGCGACAUCUGGCCAUCGCUGUUCGACUACCAGAAGACUGGGGUGCAGUGGCUCUAUGAGCUAUACACACAGCAAGUAGGCGGUAUCGUUGGUGAUGAGAUGGGGCUCGGGAAGACCAUCCAAGUCAUCUCCUUCCUGGCUGGCUUACACCAUUCAAAGAAGCUCACAAAACCAAUUAUCGUCGUAACCCCUGCUACGGUUAUGAAGCAAUGGGUCAACGAAUUCCAUCGGUGGUGGCCGCCACUUCGAGUAUCUAUCCUGCAUACCUCUGGUAGCGGUAUGAUGGACAUCCGACGCGAAACAGCAAUGGAAGAAGAGCUUGAAUCUAGGGAUUGGAACAAUACCAAGAAGAGGACGAAAGGCGAGAAAGCUGCUAGACGGAUCGUCGAGAGGGUCAAGCGCGAUGGCCAUGUCCUUGUCACCACUUACUCUGGGCUGCAGAGCUACCAUGAGUUCCUGAUCCCGACCGAUUGGGAGUACGCCGUUUUGGAUGAGGGACACAAGAUCCGGAAUCCGAACGCUGGCAUCACGAUAGAUUGCAAGGAGCUCAGGACCGCGAACCGAGUUAUUCUAUCAGGAACACCCAUGCAGAACAACCUAACGGAGCUCUGGUCGUUGUUCGACUUCAUCUUUCCCAUGCGUCUGGGAACACUUGUGGAUUUCCGCACGCUUUAUGAGAAUCCAAUCCGCCUCGGUGGGUAUGCGAAUGCAUCCAAUCUUCAGGUCGAGACCGCCAUGAACUGUGCACAGACACUGAAAGACACUAUCAGUCCAUAUCUCCUGCAACGCUUCAAAGUGGAUGUGGCUGCUGAUCUUCCCAAGAAGACCGAACGCGUCCUGUUCUGUAAGCUGACGAAGAUUCAACGGCGCGAGUACGAGGACUUCCUAAGUUCGCAAGAGAUGAACGCUAUCAAUGAUGGCAAACGAGAGGCCAUGUUUGGUAUCGACAUCCUCCGCAAGAUCUGUAACCAUCCGGAUCUAGUGCAGCACAAGACACUCUCGCUGAAAGCAGGGUACAACUACGGCAACCCCUCAAAGUCAGGCAAGAUGCAGGUAGUAAAAGCGUUGUUGGAGAUCUGGAAGAGAGGUGGCCACAAGACCCUGCUCUUUGCUCAGCACCGCAUCAUGCUGGAUAUCUUAGAGAAGUUCAUCAAGGGACUCGAAGGCUUCAACUACAGACGCAUGGACGGAACGACUGCGAUCAAGAACCGCCAGAGCAUGGUUGAUGAGUUUAAUAACGACCCGGACCUCCAUGUCUUCCUCCUCACGACCAAAGUUGGAGGUCUUGGAGUCAACCUGACUGGCGCCGACCGGGUUAUCAUUUACGAUCCGGACUGGAACCCCUCCACGGACGUUCAGGCCCGAGAACGAGCUUGGCGUCUUGGCCAGAAGAGGGAGGUGGAAAUAUACCGUCUCAUGACUGCAGGCACAGUCGAAGAGAAGAUAUACCACCGACAGAUCUUCAAGCAGUUCCUGUCAAACAAGAUUCUCAGAGAUCCGAAACAACGGACCACCUUCCAGCUGCGGGACCUGCACGAUCUGUUCACGCUUGGUACAGAGAACGAUGGCGAGACAGAAACUGGGUCGUUAUUCAAAGGCACAGAGGUCCGCUUCUCAGACAAACAACCUAGCGCGAAGGAACAAGGCAUUCCGACGCCGCCAACCGACAGCGACUCAACUGCUAAAGCCAACGCUUCAACGAACCCCAACGACCUCACCAAAGUCGUGGGCAUCGCCCGCAACGAAAACUACGCUCCAGCAGACUCCCCUCAAACCUCGUCAACACCCGCCACUGGAGACGGCGAAGCCUCCAAGCCCUCCGCCUCCGACGACCGCCUCCUCUCAACCAUUUUCGCCCGCUCUGGCGUCCACAGCGCCCUUAACCACGACACCAUCAUCGACUCGACUAGCAGCAAACCGAAAGUCCGCGCGGACCCCGAAAUUAUCGCCCGCGAAGCCCGCCGCGUCGCCGCCGACGCCGCACGCCAGCUCCAGCGCGCCGGCGAAGUCGCUCGCACCGUCCCCAUCGGGACACCCACCUGGACCGGCGUGGUCGGCACAGCCGGACGGCCCGAGGAACGCCCUCGCGGCAUCGGAAGCAGCCGUGGUGGUUUCGGUGGCGGCGCCGGCCGUGGCGGUGGACCGUCCUCGUCGUCUAUCCUGUCGAAUCUCGCAGCCCGGCAGGGGCUCAACACGCCGAAUCGCCUCAGCGCAGCACCUUCGCCCUCGUCUUCCCGUGCAUCGACACCGUCGCAGCAACAGCCGCGCGGCAAGGACUUCCUCAUCCUGAUCCGCGACUACCUGCGCGCGCAUGGAGGGACGGUGUAUACGCAGAUGCUGAUCGACCAUUUCAAUCGCUUUUGUGGGACCGAGCAGCGGACGGCGGAAUUUAAAGAGAUGUUGAAGCGGAUUGCGACGCUUGAGAGGGGUGGGAGGGGGAGGGCGAGGUGGGUGCUUAAGGAGGAGUAUCGGUAG